UCAUUAGGUCUUUUCUGCUCCCCUAUUAUAAAAAAAAAAAAAAAAAAUCUGAAUUCUGAAUUAUCAAAAAUUAGGGCACUAAAUCUCUACCAUGGAGAAACCUUCCAUGCCCAUGUCCUCUAUCUUCAAUUCCACAGACCGCACAGCUCCCCUCGCCCAAGUUAAGCAGGAACAGCAAUCCAUUCAAACACCACUACAGCCUCAGCUCAAAGGCCAACCACAAAAGCUCCCAAUUGUUGCUCUUCAGGUAUCUGACCAACAACAACCCCAAGAUGAUGUACCAAAGGGAACUUAUUUAUUCAACUCUAUUGAAGAACUCAGCAAUCUCUCCACUGUCAUUAGCGAAUUUUAUGGUAGAUAUCAGGAAUUGCAAUGUCACCUUGAUUUCAUCCAAAGGGCCAUUGAUGCCUGCUCCGGUGAUCAGGAAUAUCCACAAGUAAUUCAGUCGGCUUCCGAUUCCCCUCCAACAGCAGUGACUGGGAAACAAACAACGGAAAUAGUCACAACAAAUUCCGCACCAGCCAAGUCGGAGCUCUUAAGUCUUUGCGAGAUGAUGUGUGGCAAAGGCCUCCGUAAAUAUCUUACCUCACAUCUAUCCGAUAUCCCGAAGCUUCGAGCUGAAGUUCCUCCUGCACUAAAAUGUGCUCCAAAUCCGGCUAAGCUAGUGCUAGAUUGCAUAGGGCGGUUUUAUCUGCAGGGAAUCCGAGCCUACACCAAGGAUUCUCACAUGACUCCUGGGAGGAAAGCUAGCAUUUUAGUUUUGGAAUUCUUUUUACGAAUAAUUGACAAUGGCAUUGAGUUUGAUUCCGCCCUGAAGCAGGAAGCGGAGCAGGCUGCAGUCGCUUGGAGAAAGAGGCUUAUAGCUGAGGGUGGUGUGGGGAAAUCCAGCGACAUUGAUGCAAGAGGUUUACUUCUUUUAAUCGGUUGUUAUGGGAUCCCAAAGGGUUUUACCAAUGAGGAUAUUUGGGAUUUGAUUCGGUUGAGUAAUUCAAAGCAGAUUGCGGAUGCACUUAGAAGAUCCCCAGUUCUUGUUGCCAGGGUUUCAGGUAUUUUAGAGAGAAUGAUGAACAAUGGAAUGAAAAUUGAAGCUGUUGAUGUAGCUUAUACUUUUGGGAUCGAGGAUAAGUUUCCUCCUCAGAAACUUCUGACUUCAUUCCUUCGAGAUGCUAACGAAGCAUCAAAGAGGAGAAGGAGAGAAGCAAAUAAUUCACCUUACUUGCUGAAGGAAGCAAGUGAGAAGCAGUUGACUGCUCUGAAAUCUGUAAUAAAGCUUCUUGAAGAUCGCAAACUUGAUCCAAUAAAGCUUCUUCCUGGAUGGCAACUUAUAGAAACGAGAGACAAGCUAGAGAAAGAAAUCGCUGACCUCAAUAAAAAGAUAGAAGACAGGGUGACACAAAAAAGAAAAGCAGAUGAGAAUGAGUUCUCAAAUAACUUAAAGAGUCAUGAAAAAAAACGUCUACGAUUUACAGGAUCAUCUCUGAUAUCCUCACCAAGAAUUGGGUUGCAUGAACAAAGGGCUACAGGUCAUGUGGAAGGCAGUGGCUUGUAUAGUACUUCCCUACGAAUGAGCUUGUUGGAUGGAGGAUUUUCUGGUCAUAUCAACAAUUCUUCUGUUGCGGGAUCUAUGUUGUAUGGAUCUGGUGUGGGCUCUUUGCCUGAACAUGUCCUUGGCACAGUGGCCGGAGUUGGGAGUGUAAUGCAUGGUACUGGAGUGGGUCUUGCGCCUGCAUAUAGUAUUCCAUCCACCAGUUCAUUUGCCGGAGUUCACAGGGAUAUGCUUGUUGAUAGGACUGGGCAAAAAAUGAGUCGCAAUGUUGCAUAUGGAUGGCAUGGUGUUGGGGAUCCUGCCUUUAUUGAUUUUUCACGGGAACAGAGCUUUGUUCAUCAACCUGCAUCCGGAUUGUUUGGGCCAUCACCAUCAAUCGAAGGUUUUGUGGGUGUAUCAAAUUCCCCACCUACCAAUGCUGCUAAUAGGAACUCAACCUCUGAUCUUUAUCGGUUUGCUGAUGCUGUUAAGUGAGUACAGCAGUGGUACUCAGCAAAGCUAGCCCAUUACAGCCUGUUGAAUCUGAUGCGCUAAGCAAGUCUCAUUGCGUUGUUUUGAUUUAUAAAUUAAAUAUAGUAUUUAAUUUUCUGGGCUGGAAAAAAUGGCAGAAGCAUGAAUACAUUUCCGUUGGUGCUGCUCUGCAUGUCAAACUUCUGUGUCAAUGCAUUAGGUCGUGUGACAAACACAAUCUGCUUCAUAUAUUUUACAAAUUGUGGUGAAAAUGUAUUUGUAGGAUCUACCGUAUUCAUUUUUUUUUUUUU